AUGCCUCCACUGAAAAGAACAAAUUCAUGCACCGAUAUAGGCUUUACACUUCGACGACAGUUUCACAAGGAAGAUUUCAGACCUCACCAGCGUGAAAUUAUCGAAGCUGCCCUUGAUGGCUAUGAUGUAUACGUCCAAGCAGCCACAUCCUUUGGCAAAAGUCUUUGUUUUCAACUGCCAGCAGUCAUCGAUCAAGGCAUUACCAUCGUUGUGUCUCCCCUCCUAAGUUUGAUGAUAAAUCAAGUCGAAGCACUCAAAGCUUCUGGCAUCGAUGCCAAUGCCUACAAUAGCAUCACGCCCUAUCCCGACAAGCAGCGUAUCGAGCGUGACCUUGAGAGUGGCCAUCCAAGGACUCGCUUACUUUACGUCACACCGGAACUAUGUUCCAGCCCAAGAUUCCGUGAACGCCUGCAACUAGUUUACAAGCAAAAGGAGCUUGCUCGCAUUGCUAUCGAUGAGGCGCACUGCAUAUCAGAAUGGGGCCAUGACUUUCGGAAAGACUUUAAACGACUGUCAUGGUUUCGAGACACUUUUCCAGAUGUGCCAAUCAUGUGUCUUACUGCAACUGCGAACCCUCAGGUUCGUCAGGACGUGCUCUCUAUUCUCAAACUCGACAGGACUCCUGAAAAAACGAAGGAGUUUUUGAUGAACCCCCAACGGCAAAAUCUACAUCUCGAGAUUCGAUACACCAAAGACGAAGGAGAUCGUCUAAGUGACUUUCUGCGGUGGAUCAAAGGUGUAUACGAUCGCCGCAAGGCCGACGGAAGAAGGGCAGAGCUCGAGCAAGUGAACGAAAGAGUCGAAAGUGUUCCCGGUAUCAUCUACACCAUAUCCAGAGACGAAUGCGAAUCCCUUUCAGCCGCCCUUCGCGACGAGGGUAUUGGAGCCAGACCUUUUCACGCCAAGCUUACCAAGGAAGUCAAAGAAGAGACCCUUUCCAAAUGGAUUAACAACGUUCCUGGUUACGAUAUUAUCGUUGCCACAACCGCUUUCGGUAUGGGUAUUGACAAGAACAACGUACGCUUUGUGGUUCACUGGCGCAUCCCCAAGUCUUUCGAAGGCUACUACCAAGAAGCAGGCCGAGCAGGCCGAGACGGCAAUGCGAGUUACUGUUUCUUGUACUACAGCCGGGAAGACCUGGAGCGGGUCAUGCGGAUGAUAAGAUCUGAUUCAAAAGAGGAAACCAACCAGAUAGCAAGGCUCAAAAGUCUCCAGGCUCUGGCUCAGUACUGCGAGGACACUGACAAAUGCCGUCACGCCACGAUUUGUAAAUAUUUUGGCGAAACAAGUACGCCCAACUGUGACUUUGCCUGCGACUGGCAUAAGGAUCCGCAGGAACUGGAGACGAGGUUCAUGAGAGGCUUGGCAAGCCAGGAAUGGGUCAGCACGCAAGCAAUGCAAGGUACUUAUGAUGCAUAUUACGACGAUUAA